GUCCUGCAGGCAUUCAAAGAACUUCACAACAAGAUAAUACUCGAUCUUUUACUAACACAACACAGCCACUCUCAUUUUUUAGCCAUGAAACUGCAAUCCUUAAUCUUAUCAUUAGCACUCCUAAUUACUUCCACCGAACCGGCUCAAGUGCCAUUCUCCUGCGAUCGGUCCGACCCGCUCACAGUAUCCUUCCGCUUCUGCCAAACCAAUCUCUCCAUCAGCGACAGAGUGAAAGAUCUCGUCUCCAACCUCACUCUCGACGAAAAGAUUGCCCAGCUCGUUAGCUCCGCCCCGGCUAUUCCGCGACUCGGCGUCCCCGCCUUCGAGUGGUGGUCAGAGGCGUUGCAUGGCGUCUCCCACUUCGGCAGGGGGAUUUCGUUCAACGGCACCAUCAAGGCAGCCACUAGCUUCCCUCAAGUCAUUCUUACCGCGGCUUCGUUCCAUGAAAAUCUUUGGUACCGCAUUGGAAAGGCAAUUGGGCAAGAGGGUCGAGCAAUGUACAAUGAAGGGCAAACAAAAGGGUUGACAUUCUGGGCACCAAACAUCAAUAUAUUCAGAGAUCCACGAUGGGGGAGAGGUCAAGAAACACCCGGUGAAGACCCGAAAACGGCGGGGAAGUAUGCGGUAGCGUAUGUAAGAGGAGUUCAAGGCGACGAUUUCCAAGGCGGGAAGACGGGGAAUCAUCUUCAAGCCUCUGCUUGUUGCAAACACUUCGCUGCAUAUGAUUUGGAGAACUGGAAUGGCAAUCUGCGUUUUGGAUUUAAUGCUAGUGUGACUAAACAAGAUUUAGCCGAUACAUAUCAACCACCAUUCCAGAGUUGCAUACAGAAAGCCCAAGCAAGCGGAAUAAUGUGUUCUUAUAACAGUGUGAAUGGGGUCCCUAGUUGUGCUAAUCAAGAAUUUCUUAACAUAACUGCGCGUCAGCAAUGGGGGUUUAAUGGGUAUAUUGCCUCAGAUUGUGAUGCUGUAGAAAAUGUUUUAAAAGACCACAAGUAUACAAAAACUCCAGAAGAAACUGUAGCUGUUGUGCUCAAUGCAGGGAUGGAUGUCGAUUGCGGGAAAUUUUUGAGUCAAUAUACCAAAUCAGCAGUAACACAGAAGCUAGUUUCGCAAGGUCAAAUUGACAGAGCUCUACACAACCUAUUCAGCACUCGUAUGAGAUUGGGAUUGUUUGCUGGAAACCCCAAAGACCUCCUUUAUGGUGGCAUUCCUCCAACCAACGUUUGCAGUCAAGAACACCAGAGUUUAGCUCUAGAGGCAGCAAGAAAAGGCAUCGUUUUGCUGAAAAAUGAUCAUAAACUGCUUCCUCUGUCAAAGAACAAGAGUAUGUCCCUCGCCAUUAUAGGGCCUAAUGGAAAUAAGGCAAAUGUUCUUCAGGGAAAUUACUUUGGCCCGGCAUGCAAAUCUGUUGAAAUACUUAGAGCCAUGCAGAGUUACGUUGAUUACCCUUCGUUUCUUGAAGGCUGCGUUGAUGGAGUGAAUUGUACUUCUGCUACAAUAGAUGAAGCUGUAAAGUUGGCCGAAAAAUCCGAUCAGGUGGUCCUAGUAAUGGGAUUGAGUCAGAGGCAAGAAAGGGAAGAGGUAGAUCGUGUGCACUUGGAGCUUCCAGGGGAUCAAGAGCUUCUCAUUACAGAUGUUGCUAAUGCUGCAAAGAAGCCUGUCAUAUUGGUGUUGGUUUGUGGCGGUCCAGUUGAUAUUACCUUUGCUAAAUCACACCCGAAUAUCAGCAGCAUUUUAUGGGCUGGUUAUCCGGGUGAAGCGGGAGGCCCUGCGCUUGCAGAGAUUAUAUUUGGUGAUCACAACCCUGGAGGAAAGUUACCUAUGACAUGGUACCCUAAAAAUUACACUAAUGUUGCAAUGACAGACAUGAAUAUGAGGGCCAAUAAGUCUAGAGGGUACCCAGGGCGUACAUAUAGGUUCUACAAAGGUCCUACAGUUUUCAACUUUGGCGACGGUCUUAGCUACUCAACCUAUGCUUAUGAAUUCACUUCCACUACACCAACCAUGGUAAACUUGACCCAGCUGUCAAGUGUAAAAACAUCUAUGGGAUUCAAUUCUUUCAAAUACAUAUCAGUGGAUGAUAUUGACAAAGAGACAUGUGAGAAAACAAAGUUUUCAGUCACUGUUGGAGUUCAAAACUCUUGGGAAAUGGAUGGAACUCACCCAGUGCUACUUUUCAUGAAGCCUACCACAGAGAAAGAUGGAAACCCAAUGAAACAGUUGGUUGGGUUUCAAAGUGUAAACCUAAAAGCUGGUGAAAGGCAUGAAGUUCACUUUGAACUCAACCCUUGUCAAGAUCUCAGCACUGCCAAUAAGGAUGGGUUGAUGGUGAUUGAAGAGGGCUCUCGGCGUUUAGUAGUUGGAAAUAUAGAUCACGCUAUUAACAUAGUUUUUUGAAUGGUACUCCUCUAUCCCUUAAAAUGUUGUCAUGUUUUCUUUUUUGGUUGUCCCAAAAGCUUUGUCACUUUUCCUUGUAAUCAAUCGCACGUUUUUAAUUUAUUAUUUUCCAUGCCGGUCAAACUUUGAUAUUUUGUUUGUUGUAACUUGUUCA